AAAAGGUCCUAUAAAAUUAUAGUUCAAAGGUGAACUGUUUGUAAAUAAACUCUGCAUCUAAAUCCUAUGUUGCUCAUUUAUUGGUCAUUUAAAAACGUGACACAGUUACUAUUGUCAAUUAUACUAUUCAGUAGUAAUUAUUUACAAUAGAAAACUACCGUGGUAACUUCGUCUUAGUCAUCAAAAAGAGAAAAAGACUUAAAUAUCCCUUGCUUUGAAGGAGAGCUGUAACUGUAUUUAGGAAAGUUUAACACAAUACAAUAGGUAGGCUUAUGCAUUCGUUGUCGUGGGGGAUGGUGUGUGUGUGGGUCGGAGGUGGGUAAUACACGGCGCCUCAUAGGGUAAGGUUACGAUGGCGAAAGCUUGACAUUUUGAAAGCAUGAUGACCUCCCUGGAUCUGUCCAGUCACAUGACCUCAUUAAUAUCCAUGGGCCUAUAGCCUUCACCAUAGUACGAUUUUCGCCAGCUGUUACAUCCUCUUCUCCCAGGAAGUCAGAAUCGUGAGGAUCCAGGAACCCAUUUAAUAUUAAAAAGCCAAACCACCGCAUCCUGCUCACUACUCGGUCAGAGACGCUGCGCUAUCAAACAGAUUGCGCGAAGGGGCGGAGAGAUUCUUUACUGCCCUAUUUGUGCGCAUGAGCAACAUAUUAUUGCCUUCAUUGAUAAAAACCCUUUGUGAUAAUAUUUCCUCAUCUAAUCUCCUCACUGUCGCUUUCGGCGCGUUUCAUCAAUCCAUACGGGUGUUAAAGUCAUCUGGAAAUUGGCAAUGGCAUCACGUGCACGCCCAAGAGCUGCAGGGACUGAUGGGAGUGAUUUUAAACACAGAGAGAAAGAGGCUUCUCACUAUCAGAUGAGUGCUUCAUCAAAAUCAGAAAUAAAGAAGCUCACUGUAGUGCAUUUCUUCAUAUGGAUACUGGUGGCAGCGCAGGUGGUUGUUAGUCAUCUCAAUCUGGUGUCACAUGAUCUGGUGGCCAUGCCCUAUCAGUGGGAGUAUCCGUACCUUUUGAGUCUCCUGCCCUCAUUUAUUGGAGCCCUGGCCAUGCCGAAGAGCAACAUCAGCUAUCUGGUGAUCUCCAUGAUCAGUGCUGGUUUGUUCUCAAUAGCACCCUUGAUUUUUGGUGCAAUGGAAAUGUUUCCACUGGCUCAGCAGCUCUACCGACAUGGAAAAGCUUACCGGUUUAUCUUUGGCUUCUCAGCUGUAUCUGUGAUGUAUCUACUCAUGGUGAUUGCUAUUCAGGUGCAUGCAUGGCAAAUCUACUACAGCAAGAAGCUUUUAGAUGCCUGGUUCAACUCAACACAAGAGAAGAAGAAGAAAUAAAGAUGCUAGUGUAUAAUUUCAUUUAUCCACCCUAUUUUUCUGUCUAAGUUAUUACUGUACAAUGCACGCAAUGUCUAAAUAUACAUUUGUAAGCAACAAAGCUUACUUAAUAUAUGGAUUUUACAUUUUUUCAUAUAUAUUUAAAUUAAGUUUACCUUUUAUUUUAGCAUCUUAUUUAAUACCUGAAAUUCUGUUUAAUUACAAAUUGUUUAGUCAAGUAUACAGAGCCAUUCACAUCAUUUGUAAUACUUUCUAAAUAAAAUGUUUCUUUAAAUAUAUAUUGUUGUGUAUUUCAAACAAUAAUUUCAUUCUAAGCUUGAUUUUAAAAAGCAUGGACUAUCAUUAGCUGACUUUUUAGCUUGCAUUUCCAAUAGAAAUUUACACUUUCUUUUAUCAUGUUGGUUUUAAAUUCUACUUUGCACAACACUUUUUUUUAUGGACUAGGUGCUACAUCAGAAUCUUGUGAAAGUGUAGAGACAUUUUUUUCCUUACAUUAAUAGAGACUUCAGUUAUAAACCUUGCUUCAUGUUAUUGAUUAGAUCCUGGGUUAGAUCACGAAAAAAUGUUUGCUUACCCAGACUCAGGUUAUGUAAAAGAAAAAAAAAAGGGAAACAAUUCUGAUUGUCACCUGAAAGAAAAGAAAGGAAAUAAUUACCAAAUAGAAGGUUUAAAUUCAUAUGAAACACAUUGUCAUAUAGUCAUUUCACUUUACAAGAAUCAAUUUUGUGGCUCAUGUCAUGUGGCAU